UCUUUUUUCCUAUUCACAAUAUCUUUGUUGCUCCCUCCCUCCCCUUCUCUCUUGCUCUCAGUAUCCAUCUAAGUGGUGUGCUUAUUUGCUUCUGCCUAAAUAUAUGUGCAUCUCUACCUCUCCCUCUCCCUUCCUCUCUGCACAACACAGCCAAACACUGCCCUGCCUAACCACACAGGAGAUUUCUUCAACAAAUAUUUUGUGGAUUUUUUGUGCAGAAAUCUGAAAUGUGACUCAAACUCGAAUAAUUGGAUCUUUUCUCGUUUUGUAUGUUUGCAUUUAGACAAUCGUAGAUUUUUUUGUGCUGAUUUGUUGAUUUUGGUCAGAUUUUUKCCUCCUAAUCUGAGAGUGUAGAGAUUGGUAUGUUGUGUGUGUGACUGGGUGUUGAUGGGGGUUUCAGUUAGAGCUGUGUCUGUAUCGCCYAGCAGCAUCAUCAUUUGUGUGAGCUGAGAGUGGACGGAGCCCUAAUCCCCGUCAACAGAUUCAUUAUCGCUGGGCACAAUCGUGUCGUUGCCUUGUUGUGAAGUCGCCUGGCUGAGCGAUCUGCUGCCUGCAUGGGGUUCCGACAUGACGAUAAGGGUCCCUCUGGGGUGUCUUCUCAAUCCUAAUCCCUCUCUCUCCUCCCUCUCUCUCCUCUCUCUCUUGCGCUGAGGGCUCCUCUCUUAUCCAUCAACACAAUCACCUCUCCACUGUUACCAGACAACCAUACAAUCACAGGCUGUUUAAUAUUUCAAAAACAAAAACAGACCUUGUUGUUUAUUUACAUUUUACAUAUUUUUGGGGUUCAUGUCCCUAAACCUAUAUAUUUCAGGAUCAGUUUUUUUCCCAAGAGGAUCUAGCGUUGAUGGUUGGCAACAGUAUACCUCAGUGAGUGUGUAGAUAUUUGACGGAACACCAGAGAAGAGCAAGAGAUAGCAGAACACCCUCCCAACGCUACAGUCAAAGUUCCUUUCAACAGGGUGGAGGAGGGGGGGUUAGGCGAUAGAGUAUGGCUGCCAUGGCGACCGUGCCCAGCUACACCCCUUCGCUAUGGGURAGGAUGUGCCACGCCCUCCCCCGGCUGGACCUCACCAUGACGAUGAGAGACAACCUCUUCAUCCCCGACAGCUGGGAGUACCAACAGACUCUACUGGUCCUCUCUAGUCUCUCGGCCAUUGCUCUCGUUCUCUCCCUCCUCGUCAUUAUCUCCUUCCUUAUACACUACUGCUGCUGUCGUCGUGGUGACCGGAGCGAGGGAUCUGAGGAAGAGGAGGAGGAUGAAGAGGGCAGCACGGGCCACGGAUACGGAGGCAAGAAAGGGCGGGGUAUCUGCUGCGUCACCUGGGUGUCGGUGGCGGCUGUCACACUGUGCUGUGUUGCCAUAGGCGUUGGUUUCUAUGGCAACAGCGAGGCUAAUGAUGGGAUAUAUCAGUUGACCUCGUCUCUUCUCACAGCCAAUUACACACUGGCUUCCAUCGAUCUGCUGGUUUCAGACACAAUCUCUGGGCUACAGCUGUCCAUCGCCGGGCCCCUGACCACCAUGGAGGASCUGUUUACAGGCAGUAAGCCCUACUUGGUGUCCACCCGGAACUGUAGGAGACUGUCAGAGAACGUGGUGUCCCUGCUCACCUCKCUGACCAUGGCUCGCUCCUCUGAYGGGGGUGCCUGGAACAGCAGUAACAAUAGCGGAGAUCCUCCCAUAGCAGCCCUCACCCCUGUGCCCCCCUCCAUGGCCCCCACAGUGGCACCAGUCGGAGGGGUCAUGCCAAGCCCCUUCUCCCCUGGCUGGGCAGCCAACACACUGAUGGUCAACGAGGACUACAGGUGGCUGUCCUACGUGCUGCUGUUGCUGCUGGACCUCCUAGUGUGUCUGUUCAUCCUGCUGGGGCUAGCCAAACAGGCCCGCUGGCUCCUCAUCCUGAUGACGGUCCUGGCCUGGCUGGCUCUGUUCCUAAGCUGGGGCUCCCUGGGCCUGGAGACUGCCACUGUGGUGUACUCUCCCAGCAUGCUGACUGGUUACGGGGGUAGUCAAACACACCCCAACUCCACCCAUUCAAGGAACCUGUAUUCACGCUAAUUUUUUUUAUGUUUAAAAAAGUACAGAUUUUUUUUCGUUUUCUUAUGAAUGGACACUUUACUGAGAUGAAAAAAUAACUAAUCCCCCAAAAUUGAGCUUUAGAUGUAAAUUAAAGGUGCGUAACGUCAGUACCAACAAGGUUGAAUGGCCUGCUGUAGAACCUCACAGUAARCUAAUGUCAGAUAGAUACAGUAGGUAGCAUGAUUAUGAAGAGGUCUGAACCAGGUUCACUUGGUCAAAGUCACCCCUUACAAUCCCCCUUGUCUGUCCAGUGUCAACAGUUGCGCGGCGAGCCAGAAUAGUAUUGACGUAACGACAUUGUAGUACUAUAUUUUUUAAAUGUAGCACCAGUUUAUUUUCACGUUUUUAUAUCUAUAUCUUGUUGUAGAGAAACACUGACACGUAGAAACAAGACACAUUUUUGGGUGAAUGAAUAUGCACUCUCCUCACUUGGUAUUCAACGUGCAAUUUUUAUUUGAUUUACUUUUUAUAGGUGAAAAUUCUGUAUCUCCCUUGUAUUACCUUCUGAUACUAUACAUUUCACUGUUGAUGACAUUAUAUAAAUCAGGGAUGGGCAACUCCAGUCCUUGGGGCCGGAGUGGUGAUUAAACUAAUUGCAUUCUAAACUGAAGAUCAUGAUUAGGCGAUUAUUGGAGUCAGGUGCAGAAGGGACACCAAGUCCCCAAGGACUGGAGUUGCCCAUCCCCUCAUGAAACUUUGCUCUUAAAAAGAAAAUUCAAGAGAGGGCUAUAGUACCUCCUCUUUGUAGGCUGAACAGAGAACUACAACUCCCAACCACGAGACCGUUAGAACUACAAAUCCCAUGCAAUGACAGCAGGCACAUAGCAAUAAAACUCCUGCCACUGGUGCUGCAGUAGCCCUACCGUAAAUAGCAAUAAUAACUAUAUAGCAGUGGGUUUCCAGGGUCUCUAUAGGAUGUUAUGUACAUAUGUGAUGUCAGAUUUCAUUGAACACCCUCCUUGCCUACUGACCUUGUUAACCUUUGAAUUGCGUUUGUAUGGUAUAAUCAAUGCUCCUUUUGAAUGGCAUCCUUUUUCACUCCAGAGUCUAAUAUAAAUAAAAUAAUAACAAUGAAUAAA